GCUCUUUACACAUGCUUUUCGAUCUUAUAUACUAGGAUUUGAUUAUUGAACGCGUAAAGACAUUUUAGUAUUUUUUAAGUAUGGCGGUAUAUUUUUAUUCUCCUGCCAUGGUUACAUUAAACGCAUUUUAAGUUUCUGCCAGUAACUAAAGAUUUAAACUUCCUAUAUUGUUAUCAAUCAAAAAUGAUGAGGCUACGUAAUCUAUUAACCGUUGCCAACAACAAAUCGUUCACUAUGCGAUCCAAUUUAACUACUGAUAACUACAAGGAUUCCGCAUCGUGGUUUUCGAAGCUCUUAGUUCGCAAAAUAGAGCCAACUAAGGAAUCCCACAGUCGCAUGCUCAGCGAUAAGGAGAUUAUAUAUGCGUUGCAUACGCACAAUGUUCGCCCCGACUCUAUGAGCGAAUAUCUGAAAAAUUACAAAACCACAGUGUCUUUAAUUAACGAAAAAAAGGCUAAUCUUUCCUGCAAAUUGGUGGCAUCAUGGGCUGUACAGGUUGGCGACAUGGAUCAAACUUUGCACCUUUGGAAAUACACUGGGGGAUUUGAAAAAAUUGACCAAGCCAAGGAAGACCUCUGGAACGAUCCUGAGUAUCUUAAAUUAAUGCAAGAACGUUCGAAAUUUUUACGGUCUCGUCAUCUGCAGUAUCUAUUAGCUUUUAGUUACUGGCCAAAAAUAGAAAGUAGAAUUGGCAAGAAUAUUUACGAAAUGCGGUCAUACCGAUUAACUCCUGGCACAAUGAUCGAAUGGGGAAAUAACUGGGCACGUGCUAUUAACUAUCGGAAGCACAACAAUGAAGCUUUCGCCGGAUUUUUCUCACAAAUUGGAAGAUUGUACAACGUUCAUCAUAUUUGGUGUUACAACUCUCUGCAAGAUCGUAAAGAAACGAGGGAAGCAGCAUGGCGAUCACCCGGUUGGGAUGAGUGCGUUGCAUACACUGUGCCAUUAAUACGCGAAAUGCAUUGUCGUGUUCUUGCGCCGACGGACUUUUCACCGACUCAAUAACUUCUGGGCAACGAAUAUUGUAGUAGAAAAAAAAAUUGAUUUGUAAAUAAUACAAGACGAAUAAGAUGAAAUAAGCGGAAACCGUUUUAACUUGGUUUUUAACCAUGCAAAAAUAAAUUACACAAUUUUGGAAAUUUAUUUUAAAUUUAACGUUAAUAAAGUGUAAUGUAAAUAAAUAAAAAUCAAUUAAUUUUUGGA